CAAAUUAUAUUGCAAAAAAAAGCUCAGUUGAUCUAAGAAUAUUGUUUAAUAUUUAUUUUAUUAAAUAUUAAUCGAACAAACAAACACAUUCAUCUCCAUCCUUUGGCAAGUUGUAUGUCAGUCUAUUUCUGGAUAGGUAAACCAUUAUGAGGUUUCGUUUUUGUGGAGAUGCAGAUUGUCCAGAUUGGGUUUUGGUGGAAAUUAAUACUCUUUCGAAAUUAUCAUCUAUUAAACUGAAACUUUUAGCCCAAGUAGUUGCUCAGGGUAUAAUUAAUCCACCUCUACAAAUGGAAAAAGCAGAAAAAUUAUUUUCAGAGUCUAAACUAGAUGCAGAUAUAGAUUUGAAAGCUUGUAUAGCAUGUAUAAGUUAUAUAUUAACCUCAACUACUCGUUUUAACUGUGAUAGCAAUGCUUUACAGAAUGAAUUGCAACAACUAGGAUUGCCUAGGGAGCACAGUACAUCUCUGAAGAGAGUUGUGGAUGAUCAGAUAGGGGCUCUUACGGAUAAAUUUAGAGCAGCAUCUCUUAAAGUUAAUCCUCUAGAAGAUAUUGUUGCUACUGUAGAUGCAGAUCUUAAAUGUGCUAUUCUAGAUUUAAAAAUUAAUGGUCAGAACCGUUCUGUAGCUUUAACUCCUUUCACAGUGAAUGUAUUACUUGAGAAUUUAGAAGAAGUAAGGAAGACUAUGGUGGAAUUAAAGGAAGCUUCUUGACAGAAGUGAGAUGUUUUAAAAUAGAUUUAAACAUUUCUUUAAAACAUACAUAUAUACAGCAUAAUCAUUCUGCAACAAGCAGCUGUGGUGAAACUGUUUAGUAUUGGGAAAUGGGAUAGACAAUAAAAGACAAUAAGCUUAGGAUCGUUCUGAAGCUUUUUUGUUGGGUUAUUUUAACAUCAUUUAAUAUCUUUAAUUGGAAUUAAUAAAGUGAAGUUGUGGUUAAUUCUCAUUAAAAAUAGUAAAUAAUAAACUUAAGAAUUAUAAAAGAACUAUGAAUUCACCAGAUAUGUUAGAUCUGUUGGACUAAACAUAGAUCUAUCACUGUGUGGAAAUGUCUACAAGACCAUACCACCACUUUGAAAUCUACAAUAUACAUUAUGUAUGAUGUUGAAGUCUAUUUUAUCAUUCUUGAAGGGUUCGUUGUGAUCUCUACAUCAUGAACUCCAUUGAAUUGACCUUUGUUUCAAUAGCAUGGAAAAGACAUGAUUUUUCCAUUAUUAUUUAUAGCAUCUAAGUACUCAUUAAAAAGUCAUAUAUUAUAUUUUAGAUGAACUAUUAAAUAAAUAACUCAUUUAUAAAAUGUAUAUUUUUGGUCUUAAUAAAAGUUAAUUUAUUAA